AUGUCACCAGUUAUGGACGAGACAGCAGGGGACCUCCCAGUGAGAGAUGUGGGAUUGAUGAAAGGAGGACUUAUGCCAACUGUCCCAGAUAAUGUACGUGAUGUGAAGUCAUGGAAGAAGCAUCACACCAUGAAGAUAAAAGAUCCUCAGCGCCUGUUUCGGUUUCCCAGGGAGCACCUGGAAGACCUGUGUCUUCGCCUGCAGGAGGAGAACAAUGUGCUGAGACAGCACACACGUACACAGGAGCAGAGGCUCCGCAGAAUGUCCACCAGACUGACGCGUCUUCGACAGUCCCGGCCUGGGUCUAGCUGUGUUAAGGAGAGGGAAAUGGAGGACACUGUACAGGAGCUGGAAGCUCGAGUGGCCAUGCUGGAAAGCCAGAAGGGAGUACUACAGAACAAGCUCAGCCUGGCCAAGCAGCACAUUAUGGACCUGGGAGGACGCACACCAUACAGGAUCAGCAAAGGUAAAAGUAUGGAAGUAGAGGGUGGGGUGAGGAGGGCAGCACAGACAGCCCCGCCCCGCUACGGCCCCACGCUGGACGACACCAGGGCAGAAAUGGAGAGAUUCAGAUCCAGUGUGACAGAGCACAUGAGGAUGUCGGAGCUGGAGCUGACCACCCAGUCGCUCAGAGACACACUGAGAGAGAAAGAGAAAGAGCUUGAUGGAACUGUGAAAGAGAUGAGGAAGCAGCAGGCUGACAGACACAGAAUAAAUAUUCGAGAGAACGUGGAUCUGAUCCGUUUACAAAAGCAGCUGUCAGAAAAGAGCACCACCUUAAGAGUCACUCAGGAGAAGUUCAAUGACCUACAAGAGGCAUUUGAGAAUCAGCUAGCGGAGAGUCAGAGGUCGCUGAAGGAAAGCCAGGGAGCUCUGCUGCAGAGAGUGGAGGAGCUGACUGAACAGCUGAAACAGGAGAGACAGAGAGCUCUGACACUGGAGGGAAAACUAACCACUUCCACCCUGUCUCUACAGUCUCUAGAGAAGCUACAGGAGAGGAUAUCAGACCUGGAGGGAGAGAGGGAUCAGAUAAAAGAAAACUAUGACACUCUACUAGAGAGUACUUUAUCUACUCACAGCAAACAUGAUGGCCAAGUGGAAAAAUACAAGGCGCCAGAGCGAAAAAGGGAGGAAUCAGGAGAAAGGAUUCGCAGCAGUGAUGAUCACAGACUUCAGGAAAUGCUGGAACUGGAGAAGGAGAAACUGAGACAAGAGAGGCAGCUAUUGGAGGAGCGGAGGGAGCGAGAAACAGAGUUUUCUGGGCUGAUGAGAGACAAACGAGAGAAUCUGGAACGUCAGGUUCUUGAGUACAAAGAGCAGGUGUUUGUUCUGCAGAAUAGACUGGACUCUGUUAGUAAGGAGUUCGACAUGAGUGUUGAGGAGCUCAGUGAGACUCUUGUGCAGAUCAAGGCAUUUAGGAUUCAGCAGGAGAACAGGGAGGGUCUACGCUUUCUUAAGACUGAUGGGAAGUUGGACGAGUCAUUCCAUGAGCUAGUGAACAUCCAGGCAUCGCAUGCUGAGACUGUGCUGGAAUUACAGAAAACCAGAAACCUUCUUCUGGUAGAGCACCGUAUCACUAAAGAUCUGCAGGAAGAGUUGAACACAAUCAAACAAAAGAUGGCGAGAGACUGGGAGGAGACCAGGGUGAGGAUGACAGAGAAAGACAAACUUUUAGCAAAAAGAGCUCUUCAGAUCAACACUUUACAAGCCCAGUUGAAAGAGUUAGCAUACAGCCCGAGGAACUACAAUAGGACCAUACCAAUACAGUACACCUGGCCAGCUGCAGAUCAGGAAGUGGUACAGCCCAUUGAGGACAACUUGUCUUUUUCUCAGCUGAGGGCCGGGGAGUCGCUGUUGGAAAUUCACCUUAAGGCUGCCACCUUCACUCCAGGAGGACUUCGUAGCAUGGGCCGCAUUCAUCCAGGAGCGGACAGAGGCGAGGACAUUGUGACCUUCUGUACCUACAGCCUCUUGGACUUUGAGGUGCACUCCACUCCUCUGGUGUCAGGGAGCCAACCCAACUAUGGCUUCACCUCACGUUAUGCUCUCACAGCCCGUGACCUGGGCAAGCUGGGAGGCCAGAGGUCAAGGGUCAAAGUGGAGCUCCACCAGGUGUUAGGAGGAGUCAAGUUUGUCACGCAUGGAAGUGGGCAGAUGGCCCUCAUGGGUGCCAUGGAGAAGAUAGGAGAGCGCAUCAGUGGGCGAAUCAAUAUUACAGGAUCUGAGGGUGUUAUUAUUGGCGUUGUGGAUUUUUGGGUGCGCCUGUACCCUCCCGCAGAGCCGAUGGACACCAUGGUAGAGAGAACAGGUGGCAGGAGGACAGCCACACAGAGGAGUCCUGUGCAGGUCUCUCUUGGCUGGCAAGAAAGCAGUCAGGAGGAGUUACAUGACUACGGUGGAGGGAUACCCAAUGAGUUGAUGUUAGUGUUGGAACGCUGUGUGGGCCUCAGUGCACGUUGGCCGGGACUACUUCCUGAUGCCUACCUAACAUACAGGCUCUAUGACCUGCCACCUCACGUCUCUGAAACAGUCCAGUGCUCUACUGACCCGGUCUUUAACGAUACUGCCAGCUACCCACUAGCAGUAACAGCUGAUGUGUUGCACUACCUGAGGUCUAGCAGUCUGUGGGUGUAUGUGUUUGAUGACAGUGAUGACCAGAUACCGCCAGCCUAUCUGGCCAAGACCCCAAUCCCACUGCGAGCUCUGGCUACAGGCAGAGAGAUCAGAGGUGACUAUGUUCUGCGGGAUCCAGCCGGUGGACCGAAAGGCAUGGUCAGGAUCAUGUUAAAAUGGAAGUACCCCUUUCAACCACCUGCAGACACAGUGGUUGGAAGACCGGGAAGAGGAGUGGAAAAACAAGGCAGAGCAAUGGAAAGAACGGAGUGGGAGGAGAGGAGAAGAGAGGAGGCUGAGGUGCCACAGAGGCCCAUAGCAAAGCCCAGAGUGAAGACCCAGCUACUUGAACCAGGAGAAAGCAAAGCAGUGCAGAAAGAAACAAAAGCCUGGCCUCGGCCUCCAUCUGUCAAACAGAAGGACGGACGACCAGAGCGAACCCCCUCUGUGAAACCGCUGGCUUCUCGUCAGUCCACAGACAGUAAGAGAUCCACUAAGAGGAUGCCUGAGCCAAGAGCAAUCACACCCUCUCGUUUUCCAACUCGCAAAUCUUCAGCAGCAACAUCUUCCAGAAAAUCAUCAGCCACACUGUCGAGGAGAAGCACUGCCAGCGAUACCAGGACUCGGGACCUUCCCUCUAUGGAUCAGGUGUCAAUGGAUGAAGAAGAGGAGGGAGAAGAAAGGACUGAGAGUGGUCACAGUGAAGCUGCAGAGUCUUCAGAGUCAAAUUCAUCACAAAGUGACAUUAUCAUCAUUCCACGAAGACGAAAAAUAAGAAAAGGAGACAAGCUGAGAGUCGAGAUUCUGUCGCUGACAUUUGAACCAUCCUCUCACGUGGCUCUGGACGAGUCAGUGCAGCGGCUUUAUGUGGAAUAUCGGCUGCUGGGCGUCCCCAUGGAGACGACAGAAACACCCAUGUCCCUCCGCAAACCCACAGAGGGGGAGGAGAUUCACUACAACUUCACACGAGUGAUCUAUGUGGAUGGUUCACAGUCAGCUUCUCUCAGACAGUAUAUUUACACCAUGUUGGAGGGCAGUGACCCCAACCAGGGCAGGUUAAAGUUCACAGUUGUCAGUGAGCCAAUGGAUGAUGACGAGGAGUGUGUAGACGUUGGACAUGCUUUCCUGGACCUACAGGAACUGUUGCUCACAGGAAGAGAUGUUACUGAACGACAAAUUGACAUUGUAAGUGUGGAUGAAGAGAAGGAGGUAAUAGGACAUCUGAAAGUGUCUCUGGAAGCAGAGAAAGCGUUCACUGGUAUAUACAGGGAGUUUCACCGUGAACAUGAGAAAGAAGAUGAGACAGAAGACGAAGAGGAGGAGAAGGAGGAGAAGGAGGAGGAGGAGGAGGAGGACGAAGAGCAGGAG